ACAGUGGACAGUCCAUACAAACUGUCCACUAAAAUAAAAUACAAAUAAAAAACGACUCUAAGCCCCAUAUGACAAAGUGCAAAAUCAAUUAAACGAUACAAGUCCUUGAACUUAGCGUGGCUUCACGCGUUUCGUUUCUGCUAGUACGAGUGUAUUUUUGAUACGAAAACAUGGCGUCAUGGAUUGGCCAACCAAAUAUGGAAGUGUACAAUGAUAUUCAUGUUAACUUUUUACCAUUAAAUUAUGCUUAUGUGAUUUUAAAUACGACUUUGGAUCACAUUAGAGUUUACAGUGUCAGUGAGGAUUGCUACAAAUGCCCAUACAAACGUCAGAAGAGUGAAUACGAUGAAUUUCAAUCGGAUAAAACAGCCGUUUAUAAAGUAUAUACAGGAGAACAGACCAAAUGGAGGAUUCUUAACAAUAACCUUAACGAUUUCAUCCAGCCAGACUAUGUUAGAGGCCUGAUGUGUAACCUGAAACCUACCCUGGCAGAGUAUGGUGUCUACAGAUUGGACAUCGGGAGAUGUGUAAUGGAAACAGAAGUUCCUCCGGUCAACAUUUACUUGCCUCUUCUGCUCUUCAGCCUAAUCCUACUAAGCACCAUCACAGCCAUCGGGCUCGUAAAAUUAUUCCUAAAACGAUACAAAGAAAGACAUAACGUAGCAUUAAACUUGGCUGUAGGACGAGAUAACUCAGAUAUAAUGCCCAGCCUACACUUCUUCAGGGGAUUGCUACUAAUACUAAUAAUAUUCGUAACGACCGGUGGAGGAGGAUACCCAAUAUUCAGCAAAGACUAUGGCGGACUGACGGCGGCAAACUGUCUUUUAUUCGCAUAUACAUUCUCUAUUGGCCUAAAAGUACCAAUAAUGAUUGAAGAGGAUUGUAAAAAAGGAAUGUCUAAGUAUUCUACGCUUGCUAUAGUUGUCUUGAGAUCGUUCGUGCUACUUUUCAUCGGGGUCGCUAUAAGCGCGGCUGCACCUCGCUCACAUUUUCUGGCGGUGCCAUUAUGGGCGCCUUUACCCUGCAUAGCUAUAUCUUACCUUGCUGUUGCCACAGUUUACCUGAUUACUGUGAAUAAGCAGGGCAAGUCCAAGAAUACCAUUCGAACUGCCGGGACACUCUGCUGGAGCUGGUUUCUAGGGGCAUUUCUUUUCGUCGUAAUGAUAGUUUCAAUCCACAUUUUCUACUACACCGAGUGUAAACAAUAUACCGUAUUCGACCCACGAAGAGACUCCUGGACGGCUCAGGGCAACAACUGCCAAGAGGGCGACGUGUUUAGCGAAGUGUUCAACAAGAAUAUGCUCAACGUGAACAGGGAUGAGCCUUUUUACGUUGACUAUUACAACGCCUUCACUGAAGGACUACUUGGAAUAAUUUCAUACACACUCACAGCACUAGUUGGACUAAAAGCUGGUGUCAUCUACCUCCAACAUGAUGAUCACAGAUCCAAAAUGAAGCAGUGGUGUUCCUGGGCAUCCGUUUUUGGAGUAACUGGUAUUAUCCUAGCUGCGGUCGCCAGUCCUCUCAAUUUUAAUCUUUGGCCGAUAUCUUCUAUCCUCCUCAUAGCCUCUGCCGUUCUCUUCGUCUAUACCUCCGUGUACCAUCUCACCGAAGUCCGUCAGUUUUCAAGCAGCAUCAUCACAACCUGCGGCAUUUCCUCCAUCGCCACUCUCGCCGGUCAUCUUAUGUUCUCUUACACUUUUCCGUUCUUCUGGGGCCGGUAUUUGGACACACAUUUCUUGUAUUUGUGGCAGAGUGCGUGGAUCGUGUGUGUGUGGAUUGUGAUCAGCGUGUGUUGGGUGAGGUUGAGGGGUUGUUUGAUCACGAAUGUGGUCAGUGAUGAGGGGGCGAGAAGUGUUCUUCUCGCUUGGUGAAGUUAUGUUGUACAUAAAGUGUCAUUCUAUGGAAAUUGCUAACUAUGUAAACAAACCGUCAUAUUGAAAUUGUCUCUGAAUGGUGAAUUUACUGGUGACUUUUGUUUACAUAGUUAGCAAGUU